AUGUUGGCUUUCGGCGCCUUGCUGUUCUUUGCGUGUGUCAGUGGUGGGGACGGGCAUGGACGUCUGCUAGAGCCGCCGUCACGCGCCAGUAUGUGGCGGUUCGGAUACAACACCCCCAUCAACUACAACGACAAUCAGAUGUUCUGUGGGGGAUAUAGUCAUCAGUGGGAAGUUAACCACGGUAAAUGCGGCGUGUGUGGCGACCCCUGGGAUGGAGCACGCGAAAACGAGGCUGGUGGAAUUUACGCCACUGGAACCAUUGUACGCCAUUACAAACAAGGGCAGAUAAUCAAUGUCACCAUCGAUGUUACGGCCAAUCAUAGAGGAUACUUCGAGUUCCGGAUCUGCCCCAAUAACGACCCUGAAAAGUCAGUCACACAGAAGUGUCUGGAUCAGUACCUGUUGGAACAGACGGACGGACGGACAAGAUAUUACGUGAAGACAUAUCGAAGAGGACUUUAUAAAAUUGACCUCAAACUACCCUCUGACGUCACGUGCAGCCAGUGCUUGAUUCAGUGGAAAUACAAUGCAGGAAAUUCGUGGGGAUGCGUCGAUGGAAACUGCUGUGUCGGCUGCGGACCUCAAGAACAGUUCUACGGAUGUGCGGAUGUGUCCAUUUUGCCGACGUCUGGUCCAAAACACCAAAUAGCUCAUCAUACAAGACCCCAACUGGCCAAUCCUCCAUUUGAGUCCAAAACUGAAGAAACACACCAAAAACCAUGGGAAAACCACACUGGAGGGAAAGCAGUGCUCGUUAAUCCGCCGUUCGAGUCUACAGAACAAAAGAAUCGGCAAACUUUAAUGCAAAGCCAUGCAAAAGAUGAAUCCAGUUUGAAACAAGUAUAUUCUCUAUCAAAUAAAUAUUAUCACAUGAUGUCGUCAAGUAACCUAUGCCAAGCACGUGGCUUGUGGACCGGAAACGCGGACAUGACGUCAUGGUGUGAGAUUAACUGCAAGCGAGGACACUGUCCUGAGAUAAUCUGUUCACCUGAGUGUGCGCAAUCGCAGGAUCUUUAAUACUACUACUACAAUGAAUCAAACUCAUUUCCCAAGUUGAGCCAUCAAACAUUUUGCUGACGUUUGCGAACUACUUGAUUGGUUCCCGACGUGGCCAUUUCGUUUACCGUGAAGCGCGCAAACCAGUCAAGCGGACGUUUUUCAGAUCGGUCUGGCUGAACUUGGCCAUUAUAAAACUUCUUUAAAAUCAGUUAUCGGUUUUAGUCUCUACAACACUUUUACUGUUAUGUGAAUGUUUUCUUUAAAAAAUAAUAAUAAUAAAUAAAGAAAGAAAGAAAUAAAGAAGAAGCUGUCAUUGCUGCAAGUCAAGUCAUACAUUUAUGUUGUAAUACUUAUAUAUAAGCUGUAAGUUUGCUUUUCAUUAAAGGCAUACUGUCACGGAUUUAAGGACCUUAUUUCUCUAAAAAUGGAUAAUAAAUAAAAAUUACAUUAAUUGUUGGAAACCAAAUCUAGCUAUCUCAUCACCGUAAAUGAACCAUGAUAGAGUGAAAUCUAUGUCAUCCCUCUCGGCAAUUUUAGUUUUUGAAUUAUGGACCAUUGCCAUAAUUCAAUUAUUUUUACAAAAUGUCAUUAAUAAAUGGAGUAUGGUGGUUAUGAAGAUGGUUGAAUAGAGUACAUUUAGGGACAAAUCAAAUUAUUGUUGUUCAGGUAAUACUUUGUUAGACCAUUAAAUAGGUCAGUGGUCUGUGACAAUAUGCCUUUAAACGGAAUUGCGUAGUUAAUGUUUUGACAAUAACAGUCUAUCAAAAUGCUCCUGAAUGUGUUCGAAUUGUGCCCUGAUAUAUACAUCAUCGAAUUCCUUUGUAUAUUCAUCAGAUGUGAUAUUAUGUUCCAAACUGGAAUAAAUUUUUCCCUUUUUAUUAUACAGUCAAACCUGUCUUAGCGGCCACCUGUACUCAGCGGUCACCUGCCUAAAGCGGCCACUUUUCCCCCAAAAGAUUUAUAAUGUAAAUACACCUGUAAUAAGCGGUCACCUGUCUAACGCGGCCAGCGGCCCCCUAAAUUGGAUCCCAAAUCGCUAAAAUACCUGUAUUAAGC